UGUGUUUGCAUUGAAUGUUGGGUAUUAGCCUCUUACCACGAAGCUAGUCCUGUGAUCAUUUUGAGUAUUUUGUGUUAAAAAUGGCCCCUUCCUGCCACUUUUGUGGCGAACACGUAGAUACAUUGAAACAGCAGGUGUCUGUGAUGCGAAAAGAAAUCAAGAAUCUUCGACAGAUGCUGGACACCGCAACCAGAACUCAUCGCAAACAUAUGCUUUCUAUUGAGUCCGCUGUGUCGAAGGUUGGUGGUGUAUGGGAACUUGAGAAAAGCUGUUCGCCACCUCCACUUAUUUCACCCCAGGCAGCUUUAGAGCAUGGGAACAUACAAACUUUGCCAAUUGGUUACAUCCAUUCGUGUUUCUCCGAGAAGAAUGGCACGCCCAGGCAGCCAACCGUCUGCGGACCCUCAAGGGCGGAACUGCGCCUACAGCACAGUGUUUUCAAUAACCCACACCAUGCUCUGGUAGGGCUAGAGCAUUUUUCGCAUAUUUGGUAGGUCACAGAAUUGUUCAAAUUAAAAAUUACACCAUACUCCCCUUUGAAAAUAAUGCAAAUUAAAUAAAUAUGAUCCAGGGUCAACCUUUGUCUUGAAAUGUCUUGUGUAGGCAUUGUUUUUGGGACUACAAGUAUGCGGAACCCUAAUUUCACAGAACUUUGUGUUGAAAUGUGGCUAAAGAUAGUACUGUAAUGGAACUUUAGGGUUUUUAACAACUUUCCAAAACCAAGAGUAUCCAUAACCAAAAGUUCCUCAACUUUUGCUGUAAAUGUGACUACAGACACAAUGGGUAUUGCCUUUCAGUUUCUGGAACCGAAGGUAACCAGAACUAAAAGCUCCUGAAAGUUUCGAUGGAAAUGCGGCUACAGAUAAAAUAGGUAUUUUAAGUUCUGUGAACUUUUUAGUUCCCAGAACUUCAGGUGGAAAUGCGGCUGCAGAUACAAAGUCUACUUUUAGUUCUCCCACCCAAACUCAUAGAACCAGACCCAAAAGUUCCCGGAACGUAAGGUGUAAAUGCGACUAAAGACACGAUUGAUACUUUUGUUUCUGUGAACCUUUUAGUUCUCGUAAUCCGAAUAACCCAGAACCAAAAGUCCUGAAACUUUAGGUGGAAAAAGCGGCUACGGACAGAAUGAAUACUUUCGGUUCCGGGAACAUGUUAGGCCCCGGGCAACUUUAUGUUUUUUGUUAUUUAAGUGUAAAAAUAAGUUAAAUUAUGCAUACUAAAAUGCUAUUGAAAAGACUGAUUUUGGUCCUGCCACAACAAAACAUGCAGUGGGAGGAUUUCUGUGUGUGCCUGGGAUGUGAGUCUCUUCACAGUAAGACUACAACCAGAUAACUACAUUGCAUUCUUCUGAAUGAAAGACCAUUGGUCACUAAAGCCAUAUGGUACUGAGCAGCCAGGACAGAGAUGAUAAACCUUCCCCCUCUUUUGUCAUCUCUGGCAUCUUUUUAUGAGGCCAUUACAUGAAAAACCACUGGUGGAGAAAAUCGUUUGAAUGCUAACUGAGCUGGAGUCUUGUGAGAUUUGCUUCUUUCCACUCCAGGGUUAUCUUUCUCUUCCACAAAAACGGCCACUUGAGCCACAAAGCCAA